AUGGACAUUCAAGAUGUUCAUCACAAAUGUGGCUACCCACAUGUGCUCGAUUUCAUUGCGUAUCACUGUUUCAAAUUUUUGAAAAAUCUUUCUUCUAUUUCCUACGUGUUUGAAAGUGAAGAUAUCAGAUUGAUUAUACAAAGUUUUGCUAAGAAAUUGUUUUCCUAUUUCAUCUGUGUUGGAAGAAAAGGACAUGUUACUGACUUUAUUUGUGUUGUGUGUGUUAUUUUCCUGCACUUCACAAUUUAUGUUUAUGAAAUAGAAAUGUGUAUUUGUGAUAGAGCAAUUAAUUUGCACAAUGUAAUUAAUUUUGUUUUGCUUAUUUCUUCACUAACUGAAACAGAGCGAUCCUUGCUGGGGGACAAGAAAUGGACACACCCAUGGGCUGAUGAAAUUGGAGUAAUAAUUGGUAUUCUGCUUAUUAUCUUGUUUUCUGCGAUGAUGGAUUACAUCAAGUAUAGCCAUGUAGCUCAGAUCCAUGAUGUCAUAGAAAAAAUUCACAGAAUCAGAGUUAUACGGGGUGGUAAGGAAAGUAUCUUGUCUACUGCAGAGGUGGUUGUUGGAGAUCUCUGUCUGGUGAAUGUGGGUGAUGUAAUUCCAGCUGAUGGAGUUCUUAUUGAAAGUUAUGAUCUGAAAGUUGAAGAUACCCGAAUAUCAGGAGAUGUUCCAUGCAUGCAGAAAGGACCAACUGAUCCUAUAGUAAAUGCAGGCACAGUUGUGAUUGAAGGAUUUGGGCGCAUGAUCGUUGCUUCAGUUGGCACUCCACUGCAUGGCCAUGUAUCUACAUAUGGAAAUGUUAAAGGACCUUGGAGCAAGAAAUACAUUUUUCAGAAGCUUAUUGAAAUUGACAAGAAAAAGGAGAAGUUACUCUCAUACACAGAUGUGCAAAACAAACUGUUCAGGUUUUCCACUGAACUAACAUAUAUAGGUCUGUAACAAUCUGACAAGCAUUUUGCAGUAUCCAGUUAGAUUAUAUGUAAAUGCAAAUACAAACAAACAGGCAUGUCAAAAGGUGAACCGAUAAUUCAUACAAAUUGGAUUGGUAAUAUCUUCAUCAAGUUAUUAUUUCAGUAUUUCCUACAGAUCACUUUUCAGUUCAUCUGUUUCAUUAAAAAUUUGUUUAAAGUGUACAUAUCUCACAAAGAUGCUUUUUCUCAACUGCUUUCUGUCUCACAGGAGAAUGAGUAACUGCAGAUAAUUGAUAUUCAUGUUUUAACUGAUUUUUUUUA